UCCCGUUAUCUUGUAGAGGAAAUGGCUGCUUGCCUGCUGCUUGUGCUUACGCUGGCUUCUGCAGAAGGUGUGACGUUUCGCUUUGCAUCCUAUUAUGGUGACCACAUGGUAUUACAGAAGAAACCAGCUGGCGCAGUGGUAUGGGGCUACGGGGAAGCUGGCGCUAAUGUUACCGUGUCUCUUUCCAAAGACAGCAAAGUAAUAAUGAAGAAAAUGGCACAAGUUGAAGAGCACUCUGGGACCUGGAAAGUUGUACUGGCUCCUACGGACCAUGGUGGCCCUUAUAGUGUGAUGGCAGAGCAGCAUUCCAGGGAAGAGCCAAAGAAUCUGACGCUGCAGGAUAUCUACUUUGGAGACGUCUGGCUCUGCAGUGGGCAAAGUAACAUGGAGAUGACCGUUUCCCAGAUAAUCAAUGCCAGUAAGGAGCUCUCCGAGGCACCUCUCUAUCCAUAUGUCCGUGUGUUCACGGCCUCUCUUAUUCAGUCUGAAGUGGAAUUGCAGGACCUGGCGAAGAUUGACUUGGAGUGGUCUAUACCGACAGCUGAAAACUUGGGUCACGGGAACUUCAGCUACUUCUCAGCUGUGUGUUGGCUGUUCGGCCGUCACUUGUAUGAGACGCUCCGGUACCCCAUAGGAUUAGUGGAGUCCUCCUGGGGAGGGAGCUGCAUUGAAUCCUGGUCCUCAGGAAGGGUGCUGCAGGAGUGCGGGCUCACAGGCGAAGCCAGUCGGUUUCUUCUUCCCACGCUGCUUUCUGGCCCUAAGAUGCCCUCUGUGCUCUGGAAUGCGAUGAUCCACCCGCUCCUCAACAUGUCCCUCACGGGCGUCAUCUGGUACCAGGGUGAAGCGAACGCCUUAGUGAACACAGAUCUGUACAACUGCACGUUCCCAGCUCUCAUCGCGGACUGGCGCAGGACCUUCCAUGCCGGAUCUGAGGGGCAAACGCAGUCGCUCUUCCCCUUUGGGUUUGUCCAGUUAUCCACGUUCCGCCGGCAGGACCAGGAUGGUUUCCCCCGCAUUCGGUGGCACCAGACAGCUGACUACGGCUACGCACCCAACAAGAGAAUGCCCAACACCUUCAUGGCCGUGGCGGUGGAUCUGUGUGACGAGCACUCGCCCUACGGCAGCAUUCACCCCCGGGAUAAACAGAACGUGGCGUAUCGGCUGCACCUGGGAGCCCGAGCUGUGGCAUAUGGAGAGAAAGGCCUGGUCUUCCAAGGCCCAUAUCCUACAAAAGUCGUGGUGGAUGGAGCCAGGGGCCUCAUUAACGUGACGUAUGGCCAGGAACUCCUGCUGCUUCUAAUGCACGACCGCAUCUUUGAGGUGUGCUGCUCUGACCGGCCCCAGCUCUCGGCGCAGGAGCCGUGCCAGUGGGUUCCAGCGCCCAUGGUGUCGGCAUCUUCCCACGCAGUGACGCUGUCCAGCCCUGGCUGCAGGGCCGCUGUCACCCGCCUGCGCUAUGCGUGGGCAGAGUGGCCGUGUGAGUACAGACAGUGUCCCCUUUACAACAAGCACCUGCUGCCAGCACCUCCGUUUGUUAUCGACUCUGCAUUAAGAACAGGCUAGGCCAACUGCUAGGCGGCGGGAUGAUGCAGAGAGAAUAUAGACUCGUAGCUAAGGCCCCAUCAAAUUCACGCUCCAUUUUGGUAAAUUUCAUUAUGAUGGGAUUUGUAAAACUUUAAAUGUAACCGUUUCAGAUAUUUAAAUCUGAAAUUUCAUGGGGGUUCUGACCCAAAAGGGGGAAGGUGGGGAGCAGUCACAAGGCUACGGUAGUGGAGAUGCGAUAUUGCCACCCUUACUUCGGCGCUGCUGCUGGCGACGGCGCUGCCUUCAGACCUAGGAUCCCAGCCAGCAGCCAGGGAGAUUCCCUGGGGUGGGUCUGACCCGAACCUGGCAGCAGGCCAUGCAGGGGAAGAGGAAGUCCCUCCUGCCCCUCCACAGCACAGCCGGGACUAGCAGCUGGAGCCCAGCACAAGGUAGGAGUCCCCAGCCCUGCCCCUCCCCGGCUCCAUGCCCAGCACUUGGGGUUUAUAGGGGCCUUGGGCUGGCAGUGUGUGGCGGGGGGGAAUGACCACAGCGCCCUUAGCAGUUGCCCACAUUGCACACCCAUAAGGCCGGCCCUGCCUCCCUGCAAAAAGUAACAAACCCUCCCCCCAUACUAUGCCACCCUCACUUCUGCGCUGCUGCUGAUGGUGCUGGGUGGACAGAGAAUGGAGAGCAGCGGCUGGUGGCUGGGUACCCAGCUCGGAAGGCAGCGCAGAAGUAAGGGUUGCAAUCCUGUGGGUGACCCCUUCCCCCCCCCCACCCCCACAAUAGCCAGAUUUCACCGGGGAGACCAGAUUUCUCAGUCUGUGACAUGUUUUUCACGGCUGUGAAUUUGGUAGGGCCCUACUCGUAGCCAAUGAACACUUCACCUGUCAUUUUAGGCUGAGAUUCCCAAAGCCGCCUGAGGACUUUGGAUACCCAUUAAAAUGAAUGGGAAUUGGACGUUGAGAUCCCCUGGGUGCUUUGGAAAUCACAUUGAUUCAGAAACAGCUUCUUCUUUAUACCAUAACGUCCUGGGUUCGGUUAGUCUAACCAGUGCCUUAACUGUAUUACAUAGGCUUUCCUGGACCAGGUCAGACCUGGGGUAAGUCCAGCCAAGUGUCCUGUUUAAUUAUAGCCAGUACCUGCCUCAUCAGAGGAACAGGCAGGGUGCCCCCUGGUGUCCUGAGGUGGAAUUACCUGCCCCCAGGAGAGGUGUCUACCUGGCUCCCAUCAUAGAAGAUUAAGGUCGGAAGAGACCUCAAGAGGUCAUCUAGUCCAAUCCCCUGCUCAAAGCAGGACCAACCCCAACUAAAUCAUCCCAGCCAGGGCUUUGU